AUGCGGUUACUCGACCUGACAUUAUUGUUUAGCGCGGCCGCGCUGGUCGCCGGCCAAGCUUCUGACUUCGAUGAUGACGACGACGACGAGGCGCCCCGGGAACCAACGGUCUUCAACGGGAAACAGGUCCCGCCAAUGGUCGAGUUGACGCCCGACAAUUGGGAGAAAGAACAUAAGGCGACCAAGUACUUGAUGGUGAAGCAUUACAGCCCGUACUGCCCGCAUUGUAUUGAAUUUGCCCCGACCUACCAGACGUUGUACGAAUUCUACUACACCUCAUCCCCCGCCGGGGAUUCGGCCGCGUCCACCGAUUUUACCAACUUCUACGACUUUCGGUUUGCGGAUAUCAACUGCGUUGCUUACAGCGAUCUUUGCUCACAACACAAAGUAUCGUCAUGGCCAAACACGAUUCUCUACGAGAAUGGUGAACCCAUUGCCACCGUCAAGGGCGGUAAACCUAUGGAGGUUCUGAGCGAGGCUGUGGAGAAUGCCCUAGAGAAAGCUAAGCCAGGAUCUCGUCCCGCCAAGAUUCUGUUGCCCGAGCCUGGUGCCGUUGUCUCACCCGACUUCGCCGACACGACCGUUGGACAGUCGACCUCUAACGCGGAAACAUCAAAGGAACUAAAGGACCAGAAAGCUAGGGCCGAUGAGGCUGCUGCACCUGCCCCAACUCCUCAAGGUGCGGAUGCCGGCGAGGCUGCCCAGGCCGAGGAAUCGACCACCGCCAAGUAUGCUCCCGUAGCGUUCGACCCGCCUGCACAGCGAGUCAUCACGCCUAAAUCGACCCCGAACCCGAACGGCGAAUCAGUUCCCCUGACGGCCGAAACCUUUCGCAGCGAAGUUACUAUGACGGCCGACCCUUGGUUCAUCAAGUUCUACGCUCCAUGGUGCCACCACUGCUUGAAGGUCAAGCCAAACUGGGAUCAGCUAGCUAAGGAAGUGAAGGGGCGGUUGAAUAUUGGGGAGGUGAACUGUGACGCCGAACUCAAGCUGUGCAAGGAUGCCGGCGUCAAAGGUUACCCAACUUUCCUAUUUUAUCGGGCUGGCGAGCGGGUUGAGUACCCCGGCCUCCGCGGUGUGGGCGAUUUCAUCCAAUACGCGGAGAAGGCCAUCGACCUCGCUAGUGGUAUUCCGGAUGUGGAUGCGGAAGCAUUCGAGGCGCUUGAACAGAAGGAGGAGGUCAUCUUCCUGUACUUCUACGAUCACGCAACCACAACUGAGGAUUUUAAUGCCCUCGAGCGCCUGUCGCUCAGCCUGAUUGGCCGCGGGAAGCUAGUUCGGACACGAGACGUCCGGCUAUACGACCGGUUUAAGAUCACCACCUGGCCGCGGCUGCUGGUUUCGCGGGAAGGUCGUGCCACCUACUAUCCACCAUCUUCACCCCGGGAGAUGCGGGAAACCGGCCGGCUGUUGGGCUGGAUGAGGCGAGUCUGGUUGCCGCUGUUGCCGGAGCUCACGGCCUCGAACGCCCGUGAAGUCAUGGAUGGUAGGAUCGUUGUCCUUGGCAUCUUGAACCGACAGAACGAGGAGUCAUUCCAGGAGGCCAUUCGGGAAAUGAAGAGUGCUGCCAACGAAUGGAUGGACAAGCAGAUCCAGCUGUUCCAGCUGGAACGGCAGGAGCUUCGCGAUGCCAAGCAACUGCGGAUUGAGGAGGCCGAGGACCGGGGAGACUCCCGUGCGCUUCGUAAUGCAAAGAACAUUCGGAUCAACAUGGACCGGUCAGACCGCAAGGAAGUUACAUUCGCUUGGGUUGACGGCACCUUCUGGAAAAAAUGGACACGCGACACCUACGGUAUCGACAUCAAGGAUGGCGAAAGGGUCAUCAUCAACGACGAGGAUAACCGCCGUUAUUGGGACCUAACCAGCACCGGCAACCCGAUCGUACCUUCGCGCACCUCCAUCCUUGAGACCAUCAACAAGGUUACCGCCAACCCACCUAAGCUCAAGCCCAAGCUUACCAUUGGGUUCUUCGAAAAGAUCGUUUUCGACAUCAAGACCACCUUGCGUGAGCACCCCUUCCUCAGCGCGGGCUGUAUCCUCGGCGUCGCAUUCGGUACCAUCUCAUGGUUCCGCAGCCGCGCUCGCAAGGCAAAGGGCGGGCACUUUAAGUUGGAUGACUCGGCCAGCAAAGCGGCGCCGCUUUUGGGGGCCUCGUCGGGCGGAAGUAAGACGGAUUAA